GGUCACUGCCCCUAGCCUGGCCCAUUUCCAAAGCUGACAGAGGCAGGGCCCUGCUAUGCUGCAGUGAUUCCCACCCAGUCACACACAACACAGCCCUCCAGGCUCUUGAGCAUGUCCGUCACAAAGCCGCACUUCACGACCGUGGUCAUCCUGCUGAUCCUGGCUGACAAGACGACAGGUGGCCUGUUCGGAUUCCGCAUCAGCAAGACGCCUUGGAUCCCAUGUGAACUUUACCAUGGCGUAUGCAGAAAUUCCUGUGAGAAAUAUGAGAUCCAAUACUUAACCUGCCCAAAGAACAGAAAAUGCUGCCUCAAAUUUCCUACGUAAAUUUCCAGUCCCUAACUCUGUGAAGAAGUCCGGUUUGCCCACUGCAAAUGCUUCAAGCUACUCUCAAGUUUGAAUCAAGCAUCAUCCCU